CCGUCUUUUGACAAUUAAAAUUUGCUCGUCAUUCGUAAGAACUUGAAAAGCUACACUAAUUAUAUCCCAGAUAAUUAAUUUCCUUUUAAUUUAAAGUCGUUGUUAAAACAGCAAAUCAGAAAAAUGUUUGGUCGUCAAGGUGGUAUCGGCGGAGGUAAUACAAGCAAUAGCUCCAACUUGGUGGAAUUUCGCGCUGGUCGUAUGAACAUGAUUGGUAAGAUGGUUCAUCCAGAUGCUCGGAAAGGUAUGGUGUAUCUUACUCAGAGUGAAGAUGGUCUAAUGCAUUUUUGUUGGAAAGACCGUGCUACAGGAAAGGUAGAGGAUGACUUGAUAGUUUUUCCCGACGAUUUUGAAUUUAAAAGAGUUGAACAGUGCAAAACUGGUCGGGUUUACGUAUUAAAGUUUAAGUCGUCGUCACGUCGUAUGUUUUUCUGGAUGCAAGAACCAAAAACUGAAAAGGAUGAAGAACUCUGUCGUCGCGUGAACGAACUAAUGAAUAACCCACCCUCACAACAACGAAACAACAGUGACAAUGGUGACUUACAAUAUAUGCUGAACAACAUGUCGCAACAGCAGCUGAUGCAACUCUUUGGAGGCGUUGGGCAAAUGGGGGGGCUUACAUCUUUAUUAGGAUCAAUGAAUCGAACGGAAAACAGCUCGCGUACACCUGCACGCAAUGCAAAUAACGCUGGGGCAAGUAAUUUACUAACUCCGGAAUCAAAUACAGCACCCAAAACUCCUUCUGCACCCAAAGGAAAAGACAACAAUAAAAGCUCUGCUGGAGCAACUACUUACAAUAUUACCGAGUCAUCCACACCAACAACCCGUACCUUGAACGUUGAUUUAUCCACUGCCAUAAAUGGUUCCGAGGCAAUAAACGAAAUAAUUUCGGAUCCAGAACGCGCAAAAUUACUAUCAGUUCACCUGCCUGAGAGUGAAGAUGCCGACGAAAAUAAAAAACAGCAAAUAAAGGAUACAAUUGCAUCACCACAAUUUCAACAAGCUCUUUCAUUGUUCUCGAAUGCUCUUCAAUCGGCCCAGCUCGGACCCGUGGUAUCACAAUUUGAAUUAACGCCAGAUGCAGUUGCUGCUGCAUAUGCAGGUAAUUUAGAGGACUUUGUUAAGGCAUUGGAAAAAGCGCUACCGAGUGGCGCCAACAUGGAUACCACCAAAGUAAGAGAAUCGGAGAAGGAUAAAGAGCCAAUGCAAAAGGAUGAAGGCGAAGGCAAUUCACCCGAUAAAAAAUAAUAGUGGUUAACGAGACAGGUGUUCAUUAUAUAAAAGAGACUACAAGUAAAUAAAUAAAUUUCUAUUAACUAUUGCAACAC